AUGCGGGUCCGACUCACCCGCAAUCUGGACAAAGAGCGCGGCUUUGUGAACGGAGCUUUGGGGACAGUAGAGCUGGUGCUCCGCAAGGAUGUCUUUGUUCUUGUCACCGACGAGAACAUGCGCAUUUUUGUGCACCCUGUGCACGGGCAGCAGGGGCCGUUUUUGCCUUGUGUCUACGGCUCCGCCCUGACAAUUCGGCGCGCUCAAAAAGCGACUCUGGACUUUGCUGUGCUGCAUUUUGACCGGAAACAGCCUGACCGCGGCUACGCCUAUGUGGCAACAUCUCGAGUGAGGCGGGCGCCUUACGUGGCCCUGCUGGGCCCCACUCGACGCACCGACUGGCUCCCGGUGACGCAGGAGGAGGGCCAGCAGGUUUUCCUCAGCUCAAAGAGCGACUCCGAGGAAGAGUCCAGCGAUUGUGACGUAGAGCUUGCAUCCUUGGCCGGACAAGACUUUGGCAACCUUGCCGAGUAG